AUGGGAGUUUUCAACCUGAGCCCCUCUGACCCUUCAACAUUCAUCCUAAUGGGCAUCCCUGGCCUGGAAGCUGCCCAUGUCUGGAUUUCCAUCCCUUUCUCUACGUUCUACAUUAUCGGCCUCUUGGGAAAUUUCAUGGUUCUGUUUGUUGUGAGCAAAGAGCAGACUCUGCACAAGCCGAUGUACCUGCUGCUCUGCAUGCUGGCACUCACAGAAAUCGGCACAUCUACCUCCGUUGUGCUGAAGGCACUGUGUAUAUUUUGGUUGAAUUUGAAAGUUAUUACUCUGAGUGGGUGUCUGACCCAGAUGUUCUUCUUUCAUGCGGGUACUGUGAUGCACUCAGCCAUCCUUGUGACAAUGGCCUUUGAUCGCUAUGUUGCCAUAUGUAACCCUCUGAGAUAUGCCACCAUCCUCACUAACACACGAAUAGCUAAGCUAGGGCUCGUGGGUUUGAUAAGAGCUGUUCUCUUCGUUCUGCCCCUACCCCUGCUCCUGAGCAGGCAGACAUUCUGUGCCAACUGCAUUAUCCCCCAUACGUACUGCGACCACAUGGCUGUGGCAAAGAUGUCAUGUGGGGACAUCACAGUGAACAGGAUGUAUGGCUUGGUGAUACCAUUUGUAGUCAGCGUGUUAGACCUGACACUCAUUGCCCUCUCCUACAGUCUGAUCAUCAGGGCUGUCCUCAGAAUCCCAUCCAAGAAAGCCCACCAGAAAGCCCUCAACACCUGCACAGCCCACAUAUGUGUGAUGCUGAUGUCUUAUCCUUCCUUCUUCUUCUCCACUCUGACACACCGGUUUGGUCAGGGCAUCGCUCCCCAUGUUCACAUCAUCUUGGCCAACCUCUAUUUCCUCCUCCCAACCAUGCUGAACCCUAUCAUUUAUGGGGUCAAAAACAAAGAGCUUCUUGAGAAAGUGGGCAAAUACACCUGCAGAAUGUGCUCGCCUGGUGGCCACUGA